CAAUACUUUAGAAUCACCUUGGAUUUCGUUGACUAAAACGACUGGCCAACACUUUUAGCUCCUCACAGCAGCAUAUUCGGCGAAAUGAAUUUAAGGAAGCUUCUCUUGAUUCCUGGCUUGCUGGCCUCUUUUGUUAUUACAUUACUGGCAGGGCCAUUGCCACAACCAUGUGGUAAAAAAAUGUACCCUAAAAAGGUGCUGCGACGUAUACUGAAGGAGAAACGCUUUAUGAUCAUGGAAAACGCCAUGGCUGAGGCAGACGAAUCAGGCCUUAAGAUACCGCUACUAAGAAAAACACGCUCUGCCUCGCCCAUAAUGCAGGGGGCAUCUCCCUGUCAAUGGCAAUGGCGGUCUACAGACCGACCAAGUGAAAUUCCAAGGUUUUUAAGAGAGGCACAUUGUCCAAACUGCGACCAUUACUGUACCGCCAUAAAGUACACAGUUAAAGUUUUGGUCCAAGAUAAGUGCGACCCAAAAAGCGGCUUACCAAUCUGGCGAUGGAAGGAACGUGAAAUAAAAGUUGGGUACUUUUACAAGGGAAGCAGAUAAAACGUAAAUUUGUCUACUUAUGUGAUCAACUGCUCAAGUCUCCUGACGGUGGAAAUGCACACGUGAGCAUUCAGGCGAAGAGAAUCAAGGGAAGUAGUCCAAAAUCACUAUUUUGAUGAGGACAGAGAUUUUUCAAGUGAUAUUCAUGAAUAGAAAGUUUACUUAACGAAUAUAAGAAACUCGUAUUUUUGGCUGCAGUGGGUAUUACCCGGCCUGAUCAGUCAAUUGAAAUCUAUAUUGAGCAAUCACCUAUAUCAAAAAUGGUUUAGGGAAAAUGUUUUUCAAGCACAUGAUCGAUUUGUUAUCUCUGAUAAUCACACGAUCGCCGAUUUCCAUUAGUUUUUUUCUUCAAUUUAUCAGUCUUUCUUAGAAAAACUUUCAACGUUUAGCCGCCGUCAGGAUAUAUGUUCUUUUAAAGCUAAGAAUGCUCUGUCUACAAGAAGGUGAUUAUGGCGAGGUGUGAUAAUAGUUUAAUAUCUCAGCGAGGUCUUUUUGACUUUGACUAAUAUAUUUUCAAUGAUCAGUCAGUUAAAUGUAAAAUUAUUUUGGAUCAAUAUCAGUAUUUUAUUUUAUUUCUUUCUUUGAUCGAUUUCAAUUGAUUUUCAGGUCGGGUUUACUGAGUUCAGCAUAGUUAUCACUUAUAAAUAAAUUAUAUAAAUUUCGUUUCAAAUUAUCAACAAGAGUGCGAGAUAUACCCAGUUUGUAUAGUGUGAAGAUGAAACAAAUAACAAGUAUUUAUUAGUGACCAGUCAUAUUUAUCACCCGUGAAGGAUGGGGGGAGCA